UUCAUUUAUUUGAAUGGGUUCUUGGAUAAGAGGGAAGUGUAUAGGUAAGGGCGCGUUUGGCAGCGUUAGCAUCGCGCUUCGCAAAUUCGACGGUUUCCUGUUCGCGGUGAAGUCCGUGAAUCUCAAAACGGGUCUCCCGGGUCAACUCGAAGCGUUAGAGAAUGAGAUUCGGAUCCUCCAACGCAUGUCCUCGCCGCACGUGGUGACUUUCCUUGGCGAUGACGCCACGUGCGAGCACCGGAACCUCCACUUGGAGUACCUGCCAGGUGGCACACUUGCUGACGUGGAUGGUGACAUGGACGAGAUUUUAGUAAGACACUACACGUGGUGCUUGGUGAGCGCUCUGCAACACGUGCACUCUAACAGCGUCGUUCACCGUGACGUGAAGGGGAAGAAUGUCCUCGUCGGAGCCAGCGGCUGCAAGCUCGCCGACUUCGGAUCGGCGGUGGAAUUUUCCAGCGACGAGUUGCCGCCUGUGUCUCCGCGCGGGAGUCCUCUUUGGAUGGCCCCGGAGGUGAUUCGCGGGGAGUAUCAGGGGCCGGAGUCUGACGUGUGGUCGCUGGGAUGCACGCUGAUCGAAAUGCUCACAGGAAAACCGGCGUGGCAGGGAAACGCCGUUGACGCGCUGAGACGAAUCGGUUACUCCGGCGAGUUGCCGGCGUUUCCGACUAGGUUGUCUGAACUCGGCCGGGAUUUCCUAGAGAAGUGUCUGAGAAGGGAACCACGCCGGCGGUGGAGCUGCGAUCAGCUGCUGCAGCAUCCAUUUUUGUUGCCGUGUUCCGCCAGCGAAGUCGUGGAAUCGUCGCCUCGGUGUGUUCUCGACCGAGUUGACUCAGAGUUUGCCGAGUUCGAAGAAGAAGAAGAAACGAGAACUGAAACUGAAAAUUCAGCUAGGGAUAGAAUUGGUAAAUUGGCAAUGAGCGUUAGGGCAAAUUGGGAAACACAAGGCUGGAUGGCGGUGAGGGCAAUGGCUUUUGCCGCGGAAUCGACGGUGGCAGUUGAGGGUUCUGAGGGCGUUAGAGAAGGGACAUAUUGGGAAAAUUCAACGAUCACGAGGGUAGAACAGGAAAUUAAUAAAGGGGCAAAUUCGGAAUAUUCAUAUUCCGAAAAAAAAAGGGUAAAUUUGGAAACAUGUAAUUUGGUGCAGUGGCGAGAUGAAGGCGAGAGUGAGUGGAACCGCAAAGAAAGUGUAGCUGGUUGGAGCUGUAGUUAUGGGUGGGAAAAUGUGGAUAGGAAUAACGGAAUAAUGAAAUUGAAAUGGAGCAUUGGGAUAUGGGACGAUGAAUUGGAUGAGGUUGUGAUCUUUGCUGGGCUUAACAUAAUGCACACCUGA